AUUUUGCGCAAACUUGGGACCAUUUGCGUGAUGAAUGACUGAAUUGUGAGUGACUUUUUGAAGAAUAUUUUUUUUAAUCAAUUUUUUCGUGAAUUCACUAAAAAAAGAUGUGGCUCAAAUUUUCGUGUGGUCUCGUUUUGAUAUUGUUACAACUCUCCUUGGGACAACUUCCCCCGAGAUUUCAAGUACCUGGAGCACUUCUAGUUCAAGGAGCUCGACCUGCUCCACAAAGACAACAAAGAAUAAAUGCUGCCGAUUUUAUUCCCAGACCUCGAAGGCCUCACCAACCCCCGUCUCCACCUCGAGAAGUCAAACCUGUAGUUGAAGAAGAGCAGGAAAAUUACCCGCAGUCUAUAGGUUCAUUUGACGAUGAAGUCAACAAACUUAGCAUUCCUGCCAUUUCAGCUGGUGUCAGACAAGCAGAAGAAGAGGAACCUACAUUGAGACCAUCUCCUCUACCAUUCCGCCCCGAAAGACCAAUUCCUGUAACACGAGACCAGAUUAGAGAGAGGCCUGUAGAAUUACCAUCGUCACGACCAGUAAUCAGACAGGAGCCCAGGCCCUUGCCACCAAUUACCCAGAGUAGACCAAAGCCGAUUCGACCUGUGGUGAGACAGGAACUGGAUGAGGAUGAUGACGAUUUCUCUAAUAUUCCAACCAGACAGCAAAGUAGGCCAAAGGUGAGACCACAACAGCAACAGUUCCGACCAGCUCCACAACGACCAGCACCUAGACCACAGUUCGAAGAGGAUGACGGAACCAGAAAGAAGAAACCAGUCAGUCAAAUUUUGAGAAAAUAUAGAACAGAUAACCCUGACGGUACCAUUACCUGGGGAUUCGAAAAUGAUGACGGAACUUUCAAGGAAGAAACUUUGGGUAUUGAUUGUAUCAUAAAGGGAAAAUAUGGUUACAUAGAUCCUGAGGGCACAAGAAGGGAAUAUGAAUAUGAAGCUGGAAACAAGUGUGAUCCCCAACAAGAAGCUCUUGAUGAAGAAGAGGAAGAACUCGCUGCUCGACCCCCUCCGAAGCAGCCCAAUAAAGGAAAAUUUCAGCCUCAAUACAGGCCGCAACAGGUUGCGCAAUACUAGUUGAAGUCAAAAUUGCCAUAUUUGAUAUUAUUUGUAUAUUUUGUUAAUAAAUUUUUUCAACGACACUUGAUAUAUUGAAAA